AUGAUACGUUGGAAAUUGUUUAAUUGUUACCAUCAAUUAUGGACUUUAAUAAGUUUAUGCUGUUUUAUACAAAGGACAUGUAGCUUAACCGUGGAUAAUCAAUUGGUAUCAGCUAGAAAUGAUUGUUUUGAGCGUGUUGCAUUGGAGGCCAUGAUACCGUUUGAGAAGACGUUUAAAACCGAAGACACCAAUUCGUUGCGCAUGUGCAAAGAGAGGUGUUUGCAAGAGGGUGACAGAUGUCAAUCGAUAUCAUUUGGAGUGCACCGACGUGGAAAUGGCACUUGUCAGUUGUCUAAGGAGAAAUAUAAACUUGGCUCACGACCUAAUGGUGUAAUAUUUGAUCCAGAUUUCGAUUUAUAUGCUAGAAAAACAAAUUGCUUUGAUUUGACGGACAACAGUCUGCAAGAACAAUCUGAUCACUUGGAGCAAACUAAUGGUUAUGGCUCAAGCUUGGCGCCCACCGCUCCUGUACUACUGCCAAGUAGACCUUCAGAGGGUACACCUAUCUUGUUGGUGGAGCCUAGUCCUUCAGUAAUGACAACGCUGCAAGAGGAUCAUACGCGCUAUGCUUCUCCCACUGCUAGUUAUGAUGAUCCAACUACUAUUUUUACACAAGGUCCACCCACUACAUAUGAGCCCAGCACACAAAAUUUACCCUCUACCACAGCCAGCCAUGGUGAUCGUUUGUAUUUUUCACAGGAUAUUUAUCCUUUGUAUAAAUAUCCCACCCUAUAUGAACCCAAUUAUCCAGCACCUAAUCAGGAUGUAUAUAUUCCGGGUGGUUAUGCUGCCAAUGCUCAAGAGGUGGAAGAUCGUUAUAGGCCUACUUCGUAUGACAGCAGUGUGAGACCUUCAGCUCCGCCCAAUUACAAUGGUCCACCUAAACCCAUCUUUGGUUUGGGUUAUGGCAACGGUUAUAGUUAUGGCCAACCAGAGUCAUAUAAUCCUGCCACCAUGAGACCUCAGGAUUCCGGUUAUUCUUCUAAUUCCCAAAGGCCCACCAAUAUAAAUAGAGAUCCUGCCAGACCCCCGGGUUAUGAUAGUAAUCACAGGGAUCCCAAUCGGCUUUCUAGUUAUGACAAUGACAACAGAGAUAGAGACCCCUUAAGGCCCUCUGGUUAUGAUAGUACUUCACCUGCCUCACCUAACUAUCCCAGGCCAGAUAAUGGUCAAGGUGCUGCACCUUCUUAUAACACAAGGCCUAGUAAUGACCAGGCACCCUAUGGGCCCAGACCUAAUAAUGAUGAGCACAAUGGCCCACCACCUUAUGGCGUAAGACCUAAUAAUGACCACAGCAGUCCAGCUCCCUACGAGCCCAGACCCGAAAACUCUCACAGCUCUCCAGCACCUUAUGGGCCGCCUAGACCUUCAUCACAGCGACCUGGUGAUUUUAUGGACUUUACAAAUAGACCAGAUGCACCCGAUGGUACGGCUAGACCUUCCACGUAUGGUCCUAGUGGCGGUAAUAAUAAUUUCGAUAAUAACUAUAUGCGACGAAAUGGUACUGCUGCGUCGCGACCUGGUGGUGGUUACAAUGAUGAUAAACACAUAAAUACCUACUUUAAUCCAGAUGAUUAUUUAAUGGGCAAUAAAAAACGCCCUGGUUCUUAUGAAGACAGUGAACGUCCAGAUUAUAAUCGAGCACCAAUGAAGGCUUGUUUUCGACGUGUGUUGGCGGGCAAACGUGUUGCCCCGCACUGGGUGCGACGGACCAUAGCGUGUGAACGCGUUGAAGAGUGUAUGCGCGAAUGUGGUCGCGAAAAACGUUUUACCUGUGAAGGUUUUAACUAUCGUUUGGAUCCUUCCGGUCAUGGCCAGGGUGAUUGUGAGUUGAUAGAGAUACCGUUGGCACAAAUUGAUUUAUACUCCAGUCCGAAUAGAAGAGAUUCAAAUCUGUUGAGACAUCCGGACUAUGAUUACUAUGAGAGAGAUCGUAAUGCUCCGCCUAGUUGUAGGUACAAUAUGUGUAAAGAAUGCAGCACUAAGUUGCCACUGCCACCGCCACCACCUCAUUACAAUAAACCCAGUCAGGGUUGGAGUGAGAAGCCCUAUAGAGAUGAGCGUUAUCCUCAUCUACCCUCACCACCCAGUAGCAGUGGUAGUGGCUAUUAUGGCAGACCACCCUCAAGCAGUUCAUCUUUAGAGCAUUAUCCUUCGGGUCCUUCGGGACCACCACCACCGCCUCCAUUGACCUCUUCGUCAUAUGAAUCCCAUGGUAGACCUCCCCAUUCCUAUGAUCAUCACAGUGGUUCUUAUGAAUUUUCAUCACAUGGCUCAAGUUAUUAUGAACAUUCGCCACCUAGUAGUUACGGUAGCAGUGGUUCAGCUCUGGAGCCUAUCGAUCGUUAUGAUGUCUCGCAUGCUGACCGUUACAGACCUAGUCAUCCUUCUAGAUGGGAAAGCAUACCCAGUAGUUCUGGUUAUGACAGUUCGAAACAUGAUCGUUAUCGUCCUCCUUAUCGACCAGGACCAGAGUAUACUCCCUACAGACCAUCCGACUCGCAUGCUGUAAGUGGUCCCGAUUCUUAUCGCCCCGGACCUCCGCCACCCUCACACAACUAUUUGGAUAGAGAUCAACCGCCUACGUCUCCCUAUAAAAAGAAUAGCGGAAAAUUUGUUCCGUACUUGAUAGGCACCGACAAUGAAUGGGGUUCUUAUGGUGGCUCCUAUGGCGGCAGUCAUAAUAAACAAACUGCUUAUUGGGGUUUGGCCGACAGUCAUUAUAAACCCAGAGAUCCGGUUAAUUUUGAUUAUUCCAACUUGCAUCCAGCACCUAGUAAGGCAGGAGGUUAUAGAGGAGAGCCUCCACAUGAAAGUAAUGCAGUAAUACCCUACUCCGGCUCUAGUUAUGGUUCCUCUGGAAAAUAUGAUGGUUUCCGCGACCGACAUGAUUAUCGUCAUCAAUGGACUCGCCGACCAGGACCAGAUGAAUGCUCGGCCAAAACUUCCGAAGGUUUUCGUCUGCACAAAAAGAUUGUUAAACACAUGUAUUCCACACCAACGCUAACCGAGUGCGAGCGUCUUUGUUCGGGCCAGGAUGCUUUUAUAUGUCAUACCUAUAGCUAUCGUUAUUCUUCGGGCAGUCACGACAACUGUAUGCUGUGUGAUCGUCCCAUAAAUCGUUUGGAUUAUUAUGUGGACAUUGAGCCAGAUCGAGAUUAUGAUAUUUACUCCAUGGCAGAUGAUUUAAAUGUAUGUAGGAAACCCUCACGCAGUGAUGGUCCUGCUAGAGGAGGAGGAGGUGGUAGUUCUACAGCGUUAGCUGAUCCCAGAAGUACUCAAUGUUUUUUCCGUGCCAUUGAUGCUACCAGAUUUUAUAAAUCUAUUGUGCGAGACUCGUUAACUGUUAGAUCCGUGGGUGAAUGUGAAAUGGAGUGUAUUAAAUCAACCAAAUUCACGUGCCGAGCUUUUGCCUUCCGUUAUGGCCAACAACGUCAUGCCAGUGUUAUAGACAAUUGCCAGUUAAGUGAUUGGCCCGUCAGGGACAUGGACAAGGAGAGACAUUUAGUGCUGGACAAUACUUUUGAUAUCUUUGAAAGAGCCAGCUAUGGACAUGGCUGUGAGAUACAACCCAUUGUGGAUGAAAAACAUAAGAAAUCCGUGUGUUAUUUGGGUUAUGGCUCUCCAGCCAAACUUUUGCCACUGGCCAUUAAAAAGGUAAUAACUGUGCCCUCCGAGUUGGAGUGUAAAAAGGAGUGUAUACGUCUGAGAGAUACUACAGCAUUUAAAUGUUACGCCUUCAGUUAUGGUUCCCGCAAGGCCACUUUCAACUGCGAGAUGUCUGAUUGUGAUCAAACCGAAUUGAAAUUAAAUUUACAUUAUACCCAUACAGAUGAUAGGGAUUAUUGGCUUUUUGCUUGGAAUCCAUUUGAUUAUACAUGUCGGGACAAGGUUAACACUAUAGGUGGUUCAAGGGUUAAUAAUAAUCGCCGCAUGGAUAUAUUUAAAGAACCGGGUGAUGUGUCCUCGUGGCGUCAUUAUUCUGUGUCGGGCAAACCCUGUCGCCGCACCAGUCCCUGUGAAAAGAAUCUUAUAACGGGUUUCUAUUCCUGCGAGAUUGAGGGUGGCGAAAUUGGGUCUUGGGACUAUUGCUGUAAAGUGGAUCAUCCUUGUGGUUAUUCACAAGGUUUCGAUUAUCCCUGGUGCUUCGUAGGCGAUGAACCCGAUCAAUGGCGCAAAUGCAGCGAUCGUUAUUAUCCCGGCAAUCAUACACUAACUCAUUCUGGCCUAAGUGUAAAACCCUUAAAACCCUCUGACAAACGUAAACCAACCGAUAGUUUUACAUCAGCUUCGACCUCAGAUGAAUAUCAAAAACCACCAAGACCGGGUGGUCUGCAAAGUUUAAGUGAUUUUACUGCCGCCCGUCUAUGGCCUGUGACCUAUUUGUAUAGUGAAGGACCGCCCAACUCAACAGAAUUUAGUAAUUUCGUCGAUUGUAAUAAGGAAACAUGCUAGAGCAAGAUUUAAAUA